AUGGACACAUUCAAAGAAUAUAGUAUUUGUUCUCUUUGUCUUUCAACAACAUCCAAUUAUCUUCUCGAUUGUGAUCAUUGUCAAUUAUCAUUUUGCUAUGAAUGCCUGUUGGAACAUCAUCAUACUAAUCUUUAUAAUCGUCUGUGCACACAAAUUCAGGAUAUCGACGCUAUUGUCGCUCGGUUUAUCGGUUAUGCACACAGUCAAACUGAAUGGGUUGAUCACUUGACACAUGAUCGUCUUGAUUUACAGAUUUUUCUACGCUAUAUUCAAGAAACAUCAUCUUACGCUACUGUGAAUUAUUUGCCAACAGAAGUCUGAAAAUAUGAUAUUCAUAAAAGUAUUCAUUUUGAUUUUGAUAAAUUACUUGCACAACAAGCAAAAGUUUUGACUCAUUUAAAAGUUCAUAGAAUUGGUACAUUCAAUCGUAUUGAUACUCAAUAUCCAUUUCUUACUCAUUUGACAACUGAUGUUUUUCAAAAUUUCGAAAGUUCAAUUACACAUCUUUAUCUUUUUAUUCAUAAAGAAAAUAAAAAUAUGAAAAUAAAUCUUGAACAAUUUUCUCAUUGUCUUACUCAUCUUACACUACAUUUUGUCGAAGAAAUUGUUGUAUCAUUUCAAUCUCUUGAACAAUGUCUUUUUAGUUUACAUCAAUUAACACAUCUAACAGUUCAAGCAAGCGAUAAAAAUGAUUUAUUUGAUGAUAUUAUUUAUCCUUCAUCUAAUUUUGCACCGAUAAUAACAGUACCGUCGAAUAUGGAAAAAUAUUUAUUUUAUGAAAAUAAAAUUGAUUCUUUAUUAAUUGACAUUGAUCGGCUUAUAAUAUCACCUAUUCAUCGUUUUACACAAGUCAAAUCAUUAAUACUUUGUGGUUCGACACUUAUGUCAUUAGAUGUUCUUAAAACAAUAAUGGAUUUUAAUCAAAUAGAAAAAUUUGAUUUUUUUCUUAUUGAAUCAUUAUCAACAUAUGAACUUAACAUAUUAAUAAAACAUUGUCCUAGAUUAAAUUAUCUUAUUAUGGAUUAUAAUCCAUUGUUUGUUAGACUAUCACAAAUUCAUACUCUUAGGUUAGAUGUUGAUUUUCUAUCGUUAUCUAUUGAUAAUCUUUGGCAUACCGUACAAAAUGUUAAAGCUCUUGAAAUUUCAGUUAAUUCAAAAGAUAUGAUGCUUGAUAUUGUAGAUCAAUUUGAUGAUAUUGAUAAUUUUCUAUUCUCAUGUGAUGAGUUUUCAGAAGAUGAAUAUUUAGAAGUCUUCAUUGAAAAGUUGUAUCUUCAUUGGUUAGAAGAUAAUUCGUAUCGUCUCGCAAUGAAUCAUUUUACAUAUCGACAAGGAGAAGAAUAUCAGCAAAUUCGAAUGUCGAUUGAUGAUUCAAAAACUAAAAAAUAUUCAGAUAUUACACAUUGA